AUGGGCAUCAAUACAUCACUAAUCAAAGAUGCUGGCUUGCAGGUCAUCUGGCUGGUCCCGUUGGCAACAAUCAUCUUCUCGCCCGGUGCGCUUACCUUCGGAACCUAUCUCGACAGCGAGACGAUCGAUCUCAACGUUCCCACGCUGAACUUCUCGAUCGAGUCCACAAAAGACUGGCGCCAUCCGGUGAAGUUGGCCGACGGAAGCAACAAGAGAUCGAUGAUGUAUUACAAUACUACAGAUUUAUCUGGUACUGCACCAGGGUGGUUUGACUAUUACGAUCAGCCCUCGGCGGAGUUAAGACGUGUCGCUCUUCUGCUGGCUUAUAGCAACGUGGACCGUCCCAACAUCAGGCAAGAUGCUCGACAAGACGCUUGUGGAGGGCGGUACAAUUGCACGUACGAACAAAGCUUUGUUGGGCCGAGCUACCAAUGCGAAGAAAUAGCAAGUGCUGCAGAUGACGAUAAGAGACUAACGGAAUUGGGUGCGCCCUUCAACAUGAGCAUUUUGGCACCGCGAGGCCGCUUCGUUUACUACGCCGACGUCGACGAGGGCGAAUAUGCCCGCCCGCAAGCUGACAACUUCCGCAAAGGCUCGGGUGGUAUACCUGAUGGUGAAAUUCCAGUCAACCUGGGUGUCUUCAAGUCAGAACCUGCGCUCUGGAUUGGCUAUGCGUUCAAUUCCACAGUAAAGCUUGCGGAAGACGAUCCUCUUGCAAAGACCUGGACACAUCGCUAUGAUGCGCGAAUCAUGCGCUGCAUACAUAUGGAGACUAAGUAUACAGUCAGCUGGAACUUCACUGAACCCUUCUUCAAUUCAACGGUCAAGCUAGAACCGCAGAGGCCUAUUGUAGAUACCAGCUUUCUGCGGGGAGUCGACGGCAAGAUCAACUAUACCCUCGAUCCGGGACCAGCGGAAAAAUACAUCAGUCCUCGGAGCGAUGUAGGCCUCUACAAGAAAAUUGCCGCAUACCAUGCUGUUGGCGACAUGUUCAGGGACUUUCUCCGCGGACACGUCGAUCUCGAACCGCCAUUGCCAGGACCAUACUACGCACAAGUCUAUUCUGAUGUCACGAAGACACGACUGGUCCAGAAGAACAGCGAGCCUAAGCAAAACCUAACGGCUGAGAUCGAGACCUUCUACUCAGACAUGGUUUUGUCAUUGCUGUCAGCGCCAGAGAUGAUAGCAGUCGCCGAAGAACAGCUUACAGUGAACCGCUCGCGACUCCAAUCCUCAUUCGUCUACGUCCCCGAACGGCUCUGGCAGUGUUAUGCGCCGGUCAUCUUCAUCACACUCCUCAUCCUCCUCUUCGGCGCUUUCACAAUCUGGCAAGACGGAACGACAUUCUCGACUGGCUUCUCUCGCAUUCUAGUAACCACACGCAAUACCACCCUAGACGACAUUAGCCGUGGCGCAUGUUUGGGCAAUGACCCUUUUCCACUGGAAUUGAUGCACACUAGACUCAAGUUUGGUGUUCUUGCGAACAGUAACGACCCAGAGUACAUGAGGGAACAUGGGUAUCAGGGGAUUAGUGACUUCCACAGUGUAAACCAUUGUGCUUUUGGCGUUGCUUCGGAAAUCGCGCCUAUCAUUAGAGGCGCGCCGUAUGCUGGGUUGACGAGGCGGCACAAUGGAAAGACGUGA